CUAUAUAAAUAAACAUUGAUUGAUUGAUUGAUUGAUUGAGAUAGAUAGAUAGAUGUUCAUGCAAUUGAAGCGCAAAGCAACCUAAUGAUGCUUUAUUUGUUUUGUUGCAGGUCAUAAUGUAUUGUCCUUUUUGUGGACAGCAGCAGGCUUCUAAAUCAGCCUUUUGCUGUUCAUGUGGCAAGGACAUCAAAUUCCUGUGUGAUGUUGAUAAAACAGGCACAAGUGGAGAGGCUACAGGAAAAAGCACACUGGAGUUAUUUCGGACUUUCCGGAGUGUAAAAGAGAAGGAGAGACGAGCAGGUUUUAAGAAAAAAAAAAACACCAUCAAAAGACAACCUGAAGGUUGUGAAGAUUUCAGUAGGCCUUAUGAGGCUGAAAGAUGGUGUACUGAAGACUGUAAGAGGAACAGUACUUCCCCUUUUGAUGCGACCAGAGUCGGAUGCGGACGAAUUGCAGAGAGCUGCUGAGCAAAAAAUGAAGACCUUCGACAGAAAUUUACAUGGCGGUCCCUACGUACUGCUCUACCCUGACGGUACAAAGAUAACUACUAUACCAGGAACAGAAGUACCCUUCACUCUAAACGAGUACAAAGAAGUAGUGGGGAAGGCCUACCAACGUAUCACACUGUACAUUUGUACAGCUGAAGAUUUCUUUACAUCUUCUCAGGAAACCAGCUCUGAAUCCAACUCAUCGGAUUCAGAGGUGAUCAUCAUGAGUCCAACUUCUGCAGAAUUCAAUGCAGAUGAUACAUUAGUAUGGGAACCUGCAGAUGGAGAGUCAGGCACUGAUUCAGCAGCUCCGGUCUUAUUUUCUGACUCACAAGAGGGCCCAGGAACAUCAGGAGGUGUGCUGGAAACUGCGUGCUAUAGCAAAUAUACUCAGCUGUAUGCGCCCAUUGUAAUAGAGGAUAAGGAUGACUCAGACAGUGUUGAGUGCAGUCAUGACAUUCCAGAGGAUACAAAGGUGGACCAGCAAUCACUUUCUGAGAUAACUGCAAACCUGGCCCUAGAGAUUGACCAUCGAGCUGUCAGCAGAUUUAACAUCUGUCGCUCGAACAUCUGGGAUGGAGCAGUCAGAGGAUUCAAAAGGGCAACAUUCUCAGAAAAGAAAGACAUCCUGGUGAAAUUCUCUGACGAUGAAGGGAGGUUUGAGGAAGGUCUCGAUACAGGUGGCCCCAAGAGAGAAUUCCUCUCCCUUCUCAUGAAAGAGCUGAACAAACGGCCCAUAUUUGAUGGACCUGUGGAGAGCCGCUACCUGGUCUACAAUUCAACAGAUUCAGAAUUCACCCUCAGUGGAGAUCCUUCAGGACUUGAUGAUACGGAACAGUGCCAUGUUGCAGACUGCUGGGUGCUUCAGACAUGUCAGGUCAUGUGAAGAAAAAAAAAUGAUUGUAGAGGAUUACCUGAAGUGGUACAUAAUCCACAGGAACAACACUGCAAUCGAAAGAUUCAAGGCUGGACUUGAAAGUUUGCAGUUUCUGACAGCUCUGCAGCAGCAUCCGACGGUUCUGACCCCUGCUCUCUGUCAUGCCGAUAUGAAGCUGUCUGCUGCAGAGAUGGAAAAUCUGUUCCAGCCUGAAUUUAGUCAACAGGGAAGCAACAGAAGGGCUCAGGAAGAGAAAGCUAUGAGUUACUGGGCAGACUAUCUUCUCGAUUGUGAAGAAAAUGACAGCUCAGUGACCUUGGAGGAGGUGUUAAUGUUCGCUACAGGUGUGCCAUGUGUGCCUCCUGCUGGUAUGAGUCCUCUGCCACGCCUUCAAUUCCUAUGUUCUACAACGUCAACAUUCCCAAUGGCAAAUACCUGUGCCAAUAUUUUAAAGCUUCCUCUUUUGGACACUUAUGGUGCCUUCAAAGCCAACAUGAACUUUGGCAUUAAUAAUUCCCCCGGCUUUGGGUGCCUUUAAACAAUUAAAUAACUUGUGGUAAAAGUUAAUGUUGCCACACACAGUCCGUUGUUUUAAUGUUGCGGUCUGUCCGACCAAAAUGUUGUGACGUAAGAGAGAUGUGAGUAUUUUUCAUGGCAGAUUUGUCCUAUUUCAUAUCUAACAUGUGAACACCACACAUUUGUAUUGUAUUGUUAUUGUAUUCUCGUUAGGUAGGUAAGGUAGACCGUGGUUAAAUCAAGAGUUCAGAACAUGUGUUAAGAUGUUUUACAAAUAUUUACAUAAACAGUAAAUAAAGACUGCAAAAGGCACCUUGUCGUGCAAAUGUGCCAAUUUUGUUUUGGCCAUUUGAUCAUGUUUUUACAUGGACUUUGUGAAAGAGUAAAGCUGAAUGACUCUUCAUUAAAUGGUUUAAAAGUG